AUGGCGUACUCUUGUUCCUCCAAUCAAUGCAACAGGGAAGCGGAGAGGAUUAUGCAGAGCGUCAACAAAAGCGCUGUGGGCCCCUGCGAGGACUUCUAUAGUUACGUAUGCCACGGCUGGCUUCGGGAGAACCCCAUUCUUGCCGGUGCCUCCAAGACUUCUCACAACCUGGAGCUUAAGGAGCGCAUCGAGGCCAGUCUAUCAGCCUUCAUCGAAGCGGGACCUUCAGGACCAAUUCAGAAGGAAACAACUCGAAACAUGUCGGCCAUAAAUAAGUUUGUGUCGUUCGUUCGUGGGUGCGAGCAGAAAGAGAACAUCGACAAUGUGGGCAUGAAGCCGCUUAAGCGUGUCCUGGCUGACCUGGGCUUGCGAGAUUGGCCCACCGUCCGCGCAACGGAGUCUAAGGUUGAAGUGGUCGCUGGUCGCGUGACCCGUGACUUGGGCGAAUCCACGCUCUUCGCCAUCUCCGUGGGGUGGGACUUGGCGAACAAAUCGGGAAAUAUAAUCACGGUCGACCAACCAGAAUUAUCGAUUCGAAGAGGACAUUUACUGGGCAACGCUCGGAACUUGGAAGCCUACAGGAACGUCAUCAAAAGUGCAAUGGCUCUCACGAAACCGGAAGAAAACUUGGAAGGUUUAGCUGGCGAGGUGAUGAACCUCGUGCAUCGAAUUUCCCGGUCAACCAAAACACCCAAAGAGAGACUGAAGAUUGGCACUCACUUCCUGAGAGAGCGCUUGGACAGCCUCCAAGCAAAAACGAGGUGGAACUGGUCUAAUUUCCUGAACACAAUACUUGAGGGUGUCACCACCAUCCGCAGCAAGGGGCUCAUCAGAGUGCGGAGUCCAUUUUACAUCGGGCACAUGUCCAGGAUCCUCAAUACAGUGGCAAGCUCCACGGUGUUCAACUUGGUGGGCUUCCAGGUGGCACUGACGCUCUCGCCGCUUUUGGCCGAACGAGCGAGAAGCGUUGCCCGCUUGCGCUUGCGACGGAGAUUCGAAUCCAAUGGCGAAUCGACCACCAGACAGAAGAUGUGUUUGCAUUUGGCCCAGGACGCGAUGCCCUUGGUAGCGCUCCACACCUACAAAGUUGUCUUCAGCAAGCUCUACAGCCCAAGCAUUGAGAAGGUGCUUUACACAGUUGAGAGCAUUCGAUACUUCAUGAAAACGUUUGUGGAUCAAGCUCGGUGGAUGGAAUACUCAACAAAGAUGGUCGCUAAGCACAAGCUAAAGACAAUGAAGGUUCACAUUUUUCAUCCGCACUGGAUCAACGAAGAGGAGCGCCUUGGACAGCUCUAUAGCCAGACAACAGUCAACCGCAAGGAAAUUGCGGAGAGUUAUUACGUUCUGCGAAGGUCUAGCAUGCGGUAUUACUGGUCAAAAUAUGGAAAAGGACCAAUCGACCAAGAAUGGCAGGGUUCUGUUUUUGAUGUCGAGUGCACUUACGACUGUGAGACCAAUUCGUUGUUCGUGCCGAUGGGCCUGUUCAGCGAACCAGUCCUCCAUUCUGACAUAUCUGCAAUAAUUGGCGUGGCGAGACCUGGAUCUAGAAUCGCGCACGCCAUGCUCGCCGCAAUCGACAGGAGGGGUUCUCAUUUUACCGUGUCCAAUACGUAUCGGAACUGGUGGAGUGAGGAGACGCAGUAUCGCUACGCCCAGGUGCAGUCUUGCUUCAUGGAGCAGUACAAGACCAUUGUGGACAGAAAACUGCACCUAAGGCUCACCAGUUCGGGAAAUACCGAUGUGAACAUCGCCGACAAUGCAGCUGCAGAGGUCUUAUUCGAGGCCUUUCUUCAAACGGUGAAGGAUAUGGACCUGGAUGAACGACCCUUCGUAGUUUCAGGCCUGGAAAACUUCAACCUGGAACAACUAUUCUUUGUAUCCUACGGUCUGGGUUUUUGCGAAGAACAGACGGACGACUUUCUUAAGAAACAGAUUCUUCACGGCACUACAAUUCCGGCAAAAUACAGAAUCAACGUUCCUAUGGGUAACAUGGCCGCGUUCGCUUCGGCUUUCAACUGUCCGUCAGGAAGUCCCAUGAACAGGACCCUAAAAUGUUCGUUGUGGUAG